CAGAGCUUCCCCACCAUGACCCCGCUGACCGUCCUGGUCCUGCUGGCUGCCCUGCUGGCGUCCUCGAGGGCCGGUUCCAGCCCCCUCACAGACAUCGUGGGAGGCCGGAAGGCGAGGCCCCGCCAGUUCCCGUUCCUGGCCUCCAUUCAGAAUGAGGGGAGGCACUUCUGCGGGGGUGCCCUGGUCCAUCCCCGCUUCGUGAUGACGGCAGCCAGCUGCUUCCGAAGCCAGAACCCUGGGGUCGGCACCGUGGUGCUGGGCGCCUAUGACCUGAGGCGGCGGGAGAGGAGGUCCCGGCAGACCUUCUCCAUCAGCAGGAUCAGCGAGAACGGCUACGACCCCCAGCAGAACCUGAAUGACCUGUUGCUGCUGCAGCUGGACCGGGAGGCCAACCUCACCAGCAGCGUGGCCAUACUGCCGCUGCCCCUGCAGAACGCCACGGUGAACGCUGGCACCAGAUGCCAGGUGGCUGGCUGGGGGACGUGGCGCAGCGGGGGCCCGCUCUCCCGUUUUCCCAGGGUCAUCAACGUGACUGUGACCCCUGAGGACCAGUGUCGCCCCAAUAAUGUGUGCACCGGUGUGCUCACCCGCCGGGGCGGUAUCUGCCAGGGGGACGGGGGCACCCCCCUCAUCUGCGAUGGCCUGGGACAUGGUGUGGCCUCCUUCUCCACCGGGCCCUGUGGCCGGGGCCCCGACUUCUUCACCCCAGUGGCGCUCUUCCGAGAAUGGAUCGAUGGUGUUCUCAACGCCCCUCCUCUCGGGCCAGCCUAGGCGGAGCCUGUGACCUCCCACGGAGCCCAGCUCUGACCUCCACGCCUCCUGUGUGCUGCAACCCCGUCCCGUGGCCCCACCCCAGCCCCUGCUCUGGCCUGCGUGGCCCUGGCUGUAAUAAAGAAGCUGUUCUCUCCUCUG